GUAUAAGGCGCUUAGAAAAAUAUCACGAUUGUUUAGAAAUAUUUCCUGUCGUUUGUUGAACAAACAAAUAUGGCUAACAGCAUUUUUGUAACCUUAAAAUCGUAAAUUAACGUUUUUAUCAGAGAGAAUUUAGAUGAAUAAAGUAAUUAAUACGCAAAAACUUUACUAAAUACUUAACAACGUAUCGUUCUUACUGAGAAAAUAAAUUCGAACAAGAUAAUAAAUUAGAUAAAAAAUUACGAUAAUUGGCGGUCGCAUCAAAAUACAGUGAUAAUACUGUCAGAGUUUUUAUGUUCAUUUUCGUAUUCAAUUUUUACCAUUAUUAAAAUAUAUACACAAUCAAUAUAUUUGUGAAUAAUUUAUUGUUUUUUUCUCUCUCUUUUCAUUCGUUAAUCAUCCCAUUUUUUUAGUUACUAUUUCAUAGAUUUUUACUUAUCGACUGAGACGCAUAUACACAUUACGUAUGAAUGCAGUCGUCUCUUUUGAUACGAAUUAUAAAUACUUGUUUUAUAAAAACUAUCGAGUUUUCGAAUUUAUUGAUUUCAUUAGAAUUUUCCUUUUCAUAUCAUUAACCAUAAUCUUAUACAAACAUAAAUUUCAAAAUAAAAUAAAAGUUGAUAAGAUUAUCAAGCGUAUGAGAAGAACUGUCAAUGUUACGUUUCUAUAUGCAAUUUACUUUAGCAAAAAUACGGAAUUUACAGAGAAGAUAUAUUGAUAAAAAAAUAUGGAAAGUGGUUCAUUGACAAAGGUUUUACAUGACUUUUUUACAACUAUAGAUGGAGAGUUAAGUCUUUGCAAAGGAGAACAUUUUUUGAUACAUAAAAUAAUUGACAAGCAUUGGUGUUACGGACAAUCAAGUAACAAAACAGGAAAGUUUCCUUUGAAUCAUUUACAUAAAGUUGAGAUUCCAUUCUUACUAGAUACCCAGAGUUUAUUUGUAUCAAUAGCUGCCUUUACGGGGGAACAAUCUGGAGAUUUAUCAUUUGGAGCAGGGGAUCUUAUUAUUGGAAUACGCGAAGUUGGAUCAGGAUGGCACUUUGGACAAAUAGAUUCCAGAGUUGGAAUUUUCCCUACCACGCAUACAUGGCAAUUAGAUACAAAUUUGAUAAAGAGAACGGGUAAUAAGAAAAUUAUAAAAAGAAAAGGAAAAGUGAAAGUGACAUUGAAGGCACAACUUGAAGAAGAAUUAGAUUUAAAUGAAGGUGAAGUAGUCACAGUGACAGAAGUUUUGGAUGAUGGUUGGUGUCGCGGAAUUACGGAAGAUGGUAGAUGUGGCAUCUUUCCGGAAGGAUUUAUUUCUUAUAUGAAUGAUGAAGCCAACGAUCAAACAGAUACAUGUGUCUCAAGAGAAAACGUUUUUCCUCCAUCCAUAUCUCAUAUUAAUUCGGUGGAGAAUAAUGUUUCCAAUAGUUAUUCGGUACAGUCAUAUAACGAAGAGGAUCCUGCACCAAAUUAUUUCGACAUAUUUCCACAAUUUUCUACAUCCAAAGAAAAAAUUUCAGAAGAUAAUGAUCGCGACGAUAAUGCAAAUUCGUUCGAUGUUAAACCAUACGCCAUAACGUUAUAUCCAUUUAAUGCUCAAUUUCCAAACGAGUUAAAUUUUGGAGUAGGGGAAGUAGUACAUCUCAUAAAACACGUUGAUUCGGAAUGGAUGGAAGGUAGUAUCGAUGAUAAUAAAGGAAUUUUCCCAAUAUCUUAUGUUAACAUUGUAGUGGAUUGUCCAGAAAUGAAACCUAAGGAAGAAGUACUUAAUAGAGAAGACAAUAGCACAGAAUAUACUUUAUUAGAACCAGGUACAAUGGCCAAAGUGGAAUAUACAUUUAAAGCACAAAUGGAUGGAGAUUUGAAUGUCACAGAAGGUGAUAUUGUAACUAUUAUCAGUACGGCUAAUGAAAAUUGGAUUAAUGUAAAAAACGUUAAUGGCGAGAUCGGUUUGUGCCCAAGAGGAUAUUUAAGUUCGAGUCCUAUAUCAGAACCUAAUACGGAUUUCACAAUGGAUCUUCUAGAAGAUUUCGUUGUUUUAAGAGAUGACAAACCUAGUUCCUUAACAGAUAAAGAAUAUAAACCAAAAAGACUUUCGGAACCUCAUAGACCAGCACCACCAGCACCUGCUCCUGGUCGUACGCCAUUGCAGAGCAAAGAUUUAACAACUGAUAAUGCGUGUGCAUCUGAAAUAUCAAUUGCUAUUAGUGAAAAAAAGGCGGAUCAAAGACAAAACGUUAUAUCGGAAUUAGUGCUUACAGAAAAAGAGUAUGUUCGUGAUCUGACAUUAACUUAUGAAACUUUUAAUCUAUCCAAUCCUGAUUUUCUUAAAGCAAAAGGUAUAGAUGUUGAUGUUUUAUUUGGAAACAUAUUAGAAAUUAUCCAAGUUGCAGAAGAAUUAUUACAUGAGAUAUUAAGAGCUAUGAAAGGAUGUGACGAGCAAUUACAGCAAGUUGGUACGUGCUUUACGAAAAUGGCAAAUAAAUUACGUGUCGUAUAUGUGAAGUACUGUGGAAAUCACGAAGCAGCGCUUGCUUUAUUAAAAAAGUAUGAAAAUAAUGAAGAAAUUAUGAGUGUAUUUAACAAAGGUACUGAGACAUUACGUUAUCAAAUAGCUUGCUUUGACAUGAGUUCCAUUCUUAUAAAACCUGUACAAAGAAUUUUGAAAUAUCCUCUUAUUCUGUUUGAAUUAAUAAAGUGUACCGAGGAUGAUCAUCCCGAUAAACUAUCAGUAAAAGAAGCAUGGAAAGCGAUGACCGAUGUGGCUUGUUACAUUAACGAGUAUAAACGUCGAAAAGAUUUAGUAUUGAAAUAUUUAGAUAAUGAUAAUACGUUAAUUAGAAAAAUGGCUAAAUUAAAUAUGCAUUCCGUUGCGAAGAUGUCAACGCGUUUAAGUACGAAACUAUCUGCUAGUUUAGGUUUGACAAAUAUUGCAGUGGAUCCUGUAUUCGAAGAACUCGAAAAACAAUUUAGAUCUAUAGAAAAAUGUACAUGGCAAUUGGCAAAAGACGUCGAAAUGUGUGUUAUUUAUUUAAGCGACGAAGCUAUUUCCGGUGAAGUUAUGUCAGACUAUUUAAAUCAAUAUUAUCAGGGAACACCAAAUCUCGAAAUAAAACGAAUAAGAGACAUCCGUUCGUUAAUUUGGUCACAGUUUAUGCAAGAUUUGAAAUCUUGUUUGGAAGUACGUGUAAAUGUGCCAUUGAAUUUAUUGACAACAUUUUUAGAAGGUCCUGCAGUAUUAAUUACAAAGAGGCACGAUAAGUUAUUAGAUUAUGACGCUGCCAUAUCGAAAAGCGAAAAAUAUAAAGAGUCCAAAAUUGUACAGGACGAGUUAGCAGCAGCAAAAGGUAAUUUCGAAGCCUUGAAUCAACAGUUGUUGGAGGAACUACCGAUAUUAAUUGACGCAGCUAUGAAAGUCUUAAUUAGAUGCAUUAACGCCUUUACGAAUGCUCGAAAACUUUUAAGCGGAAGAAUUACGAAAAGAUAUUUAAAACUUUGCGAGAUUACGACUCAAGUGUCGCUAAAAGAUAUUCUAGAAUCUUUCUUGGUAAAUCAUAAUUUACUUUGGAAUCAAAUCGCGCGUUUCUCAUUCGGUGGUACAAAUCUGAGAACAGAAGAAGAGAAAGAGGAAUUGUGUCCACAAGGUGAAAAGGAACGAAUUUUGUUGACAAAGAAAUAUCCGAGGGACAAGUUGUACGUUUUAAAAGAAAACGUAACGAAAACUACAUCUCUCGAUUUGGGAGCUGUAAAAGGAUCUUUGGUAGCUGUUAUAAAGAAUCAAGAUCCUAUGGGUGAUACUACGAGAUGGCUUAUCGAUAACGGUACUGUUAAAGGUUUUUUACCAGCUAAUAAAUUGACACCUCUACAACAAAUUCAACAACCGAUCAAACAAGCUAGCUUGGAAUCUAAUACCAAUAGGAAUACCAAUUCAAUGUCAGAUCUUAUAUCGAUGGUCUCACCUGAAAAGGAAGCAAAGCCUUUGUCAGAAUCUAAUUUGCAAUCGUUACUUUAUUUAAAUAUCGACGAGGAGCUUAAUACUAAUCAAAUUUAUAGUAAUGUAGAAGAAAUUUCAACGACUCAACCGUAUCAAAAUCUUAUUUAUGAAUUUUAUUAUACCAUGUACGACUUUGCUGGUGGUAUACCUGGUACAUUGCCGGUGAAGAAAGGUAAAGCUCUUAGGCUUGUCAGGCCACACGAUGAAAAAGGAAACGAUGAAUGGUGGCUCGUAGAAGAUCGUUACGGAAAGAGCGGUUACGUUCCUAAAAAUUAUUUGACCCCAGCAGCACAGACGAAACCAUAAUUCAGAAACGAUAUGAAGUAUUGAUUUACUUUAUAACCGUACAAAUUUUCUUAGAUACUUUCGUGCCUUAAUUUAUACAAUGAUUCAAUUACACAUUUACAUACAGAAAUUAUAUACAAGUAUCGCGAUUUAAUUAAAUAAUUAUAUAGAUAUAUAUGUAGCUGACAUCUUUUUUUAACAGCGAAAGAGAUCAAUGUAGAACAAGACGAAUGUAUAUAUCUUUUGUUUGAAAACUUACUCCAACUCAGUAUAUUUUCACUGCUUAUUAUCCUUGUUAUCUGAUAUAUCAAUGUAUUUAUUAAAAAAAAAAAAAGAAAAAAAAUACUUUUUGCGACGUUGAUAAAUCUAUUUUCUGUGAUAUGGUAAUAUUGUAUAUCAUAUUCUUACAUAGCACGUUACUCUCUUAAAAAGAAUCUUAUAAUCUCGUAAUAUCUCUUUAUGGUGUUUCUAUAUCAAUUUUAAAUCGUUUAUUUACUUUAUGUGUAUAUUUUAUUGUACAUUGAAAGUGUAAAAUUGUUUGUUAUCUAUACAUACACGCACACCACACACACACACACAUAUAUAUAUAUGAAUUCUUUUAACUUGGUUAUAUAUAUAUAUAUAUAUAAAAUAUCGUUUAAAAAAAAAAAGAACCUUUCAUUUUGUUUGUCAUAAUAAGCUAGACACGAUGACUUUACAAAAUUACAUAGAAAACACGUAUAGUAAUUAUAUCGAUUAUAUGUUUCUCAAUGAUAUUUUAUUUUUUAUUCUUAUACUUACUUGUAUAUAUGUUUCUCAAUGAUAGUUGAUUUUUUAUUCUUAUACUUACGUUCAUAAGCUGACAAAUCAUUGAAAUAUAAUUCGUAUGUCGAUAUAAAUUUAUGGUGAUUAUUAUUUACUUUUGAUAGGAGAGGCUGUUUCUUUAUGAUACCUUACCUUACAAUAGAAAUUUUCAAAAUGCAUUGUGUGUGUGUGUGUGUGUGUGUGUGUGUCAUGUUAAAUAUUAAAAUAUAAGAAUAGUUUAAUGUUCCUUAGGAGUGGACCACGAAAAAAGAUCAUUUUUAAAAAUGUAUCUUUUUGGACCAUAAAAAUUAUGAAGGUCGAUUAUUAGAUUAUGUUUUUCUAAUUUUAAUAUGUAAAUUAGAAAUAUUUUUAAGUCUCACGAAUAUUAUGUUGUAUAUGAGAUAAUAUUUAUCUUCAGAAUCAAUUAAUUAUGAUUAUUGGUAUCAAAUGAUCUUAUGUCGUAAUUGAAGGCAACAAUUAUACGAUUAUUUUUUUUAAUAAAAACGUAUUAUAUUUUACUAUA